AUGGAGUUGUCAAUAGACGCGCUGAAGGAGAAGUUCCUUAACAUGAACAGCGACAUCGAGCUAAUCGAACGGAAGCUCAAAGACGAAAUGUGCAAAAUGUAUGAAGAUGACAUCAAUCCAUUUCUAAUUCUUAACGAUUUUGAAAAUAUAAGAAGCGAAUUGCACAGAAUAAGUAAAGAAUUAAAUGUUCUGUAUGAACGGAAAAAAAUGAGUAUACAAUACAUGCACAGGCAAAUGCAAAAUUACAACUUUCUGCUGAACUUGGAAAAUAAUUUGAAUAUCACUUCCAAGGAGUUUAUGAAUUAUAACAACUCGGAAAUUAUUUUAAAUAAUUUUUUUUACGACAAUAUAAAGAAGUUUUUGCUUAACAUAAAUUACGAUGAAAUUAAUGAGUUGUUACAGCUGGAACAUCUCCAAAAAUGUGUAGACCGCAAAGGGGAGCAAACAAAUGAAAACAACUUAAACGACAUGGGGACCGAAGUACCCAACGGGAAAUCUGGGAUGUGUGACUCGGGCAGUUAUAAAAACUAUGUAAAUACUAGCGAUUUCAGGGACAACGAAAAAAGAGGGAUGUUGAAUAACGGAAACAUCGCACAAGAUAACAGAAACGAACAAGUGAACAAGGGAAAUGCCACCGAUAAGGAGAGCUUGUUCUGCCCCAUCGACGACGCUACCUUCCAGUCCGUCCCCGCACUGAUUCGACGGAGAGCCAAGUUGGACGACAUUAACCUGAUAUACAGGUCGCUGUACGACAUGGCCAUAAAGAAGGGCAGCUGCGUCCCCGUGGAAAAGUCCGAGCUGACUCAGAUGAAUCUGCAGGUCUUUGGACAGACAGGAGAAGCCAAAAUAGCUACCUUGCGAUACCUGAAAAUUAUAGAAGUUAUUAACAAAACCGGCUCCGUGAAACUCCUAAACUGCGCUGGGUUGAAAAAAAAAAAGAAGAGAAAAACCUGCCACGCAAGAUAA